CAGGUGGCUCCGCAGCACUGCGCCACAGCACAGCUGAGGGAGGUGAGCUGAGGAGCCACGAAGGUCACUCUCUCAACUUGCCUACCAGCAUUCAGAGGUUUAAGAUGCGCACCCGGCGUUCAAAAAGCUCCCCUAAAGAAGAAACUGUAAGCCGCAGGCGUUCCUGAGUGGCGGACGGCAGCAGCGAAUGGGCGGCCCGAUACCGCGUGACGUGACGGAAAAGGGGGAGCUCGCGGCCGGUGGCGACGGUGGCGACCUGGGGAUCGACCUGGAGGGGCCUGGGCACCGUGCAGAGACCUCUAGAUCCAGCGCGAGGGACCUCCCGCCGGGAUGCCAGGGGAGCAGAUGGACCCGACUGGAAGUCAGUUGGAUUCAGAUUUCUCUCAGCAAGACACUCCUUGCCUGAUAAUUGAAGAUUCUCAGCCUGAAAGCCAGGUUCUGGAAGAAGAUGCAGGUUCUCACUUCAGUAUCCUGUCUCGACACCUUCCCAAUCUGCAGAUGCACAAAGAGAACCCCGCAUUGGAUAUUGUGUCAAAUCCAGAACAAACAGCUGCAGAAGAACCAGGAAAAAGUAAUAGCUCAUUCAAUGAACAUCUGAAAGAAAAGGAAGCUGCAGAUCCUGUGGAUUCUUCUCAUUCGGGUACAUGUGGUUCCAUCAGUCAGGUCAUAGAACAGUUACCUCAGCCAAACAGGACAAGCAGUGCUCUGGGAGUCACAGUAGAAGCUGCUUCUCUCCCAGAGGAGGAGCAGGAGGAAGAGUUGGAAGAGGAGAAAGAAGAAAUGGGAGUAGAUGCUCCUGACGCUGAUACGCGCUCUCUUGGUGCUGAAGAGUCUUCACAGUUGGGCUUUGGGGUUCUGGAGCUGUCCCAGAGUCAAGAUGUUGAAGAACACACAGUGCCAUAUGAUGCCAACCAAGAGCAUCUGCAGCUGGUGACCACCAACUCGGGUUCUACCCAGCCAUCUAAUGUGGAUGCAAAUAAUGCAAAUAAAUGUGAAGACCAGUCCAUUGAAGAUAUUGCCAUGGUAGAACAGCCCAUCAAAGACAUCCCUGUUACAGUACAGCCCAGUAAAGGCAUCCCAGUGGCAGAAGAACAAAUUCUACCAUCUGCAAGGUCAGAAGCCCUACCUUCCAGUCCUCAAGUUUCUGUUGCUGCUGUGGAAACAAAGGAACAGGUACCUGCCCGAGAGCUGCUGGAAGGGGGGCUGCAGGCUCAGACGUCAUCAGAGCCUGAGCUUUCGACCACUCAGGAAGACUUGUUUGACCAGAGCAGUAAAACAGCUUCUGACGGGUGUUCUACUCCUACAAGGGAGGAAGGUGGGUGUUCUCCGGUUUCCACACCCGCUACCACCCUGCAGCUCCUGCAGCUGUCUGGUCAGAGGCCCCUUGUUCAGGAGAGUCUUUCCACGAAUUCCUCAGAUCUUGUUGCUCCUUCCCCCGAUGCUUUCCGAUCUACCCCUUUUAUCGUUCCUAGCAGUCCCACAGAGCAAGGAGGGAGAAAAGAUGAGCCCAUGGAUAUCUCAGUGAUACCUGAAGACGGAGGGAAGCCUUUCCAGAAGCUUCAGGGUGACGAAGCAGUGGAGAUAGAAAAACCCCUUCUUCCAUCUCUGCCCGCUCUGUCGCCACAAGCCUCAACACCAGUUUCUCAGAGCACACCAGUCUUCACUCCUGGCUCGCUUCCCAUCCCGUCUCAGCCUGAGUUUUCUCAUGACAUUUUCAUUCCAUCACCAAGUCUGGAAGAACGAUCAAAUGAUGUGAAGAAAGGUGGAGAUUUGCAUAGCUCAUCUUUGACUGUUGAGUGUUCUAAGACUUCAGAGAGUGAACCAAAGAAUUUCACUGAUGACCUUGGGCUGUCCAUGACAGGGGACUCUUGCAAACUGAUGCUUUCUACAAGUGAAUGUAGUCAGUCCUCAAAGAUGGAGAGCAUGGGUUCUCCUAGGACUGAGGAAGAUGGAGAGAACACGCAGGUUGAUGAUACUGAACCCUUGUCUCCAGUCACCAAUUCUAAACUUCCUCCUGAGAGCGAUAAUACCCUGAAGAAUCCAGCACAAGAUGACCAGGUAGAAGUGAAUCAAAAUGAUGACAAAAGAAAAGGGGAUGAUACAGAGAACAGAGGUGACCAUGUUUGUGUUUUAGCUGCUGGUGGUAAAGAAAGGGAAGAAACUGUUGCUGAAGAUGUGUGCAUUGAUCUCACUUGUGAUUCUGGGAGUCAGGCAGUUCCUUCUCCAGCCACCCAGUCUGAGGCACUUUCUAGUGUUUUAGAUCAGGAGGAAGCUAUGGAAAUUAAAGAGCACCACCCAGAGGAGGGGUUUUUGGGAUCUGAGGUAGAAGAAGUCCCUGAGACUCCCUGUGGAAGUCACAGAGAGGAGCCCAAAGAAGAAACGAUGGAAAGUAUUCCGCUGCACCUUUCUCUGACUGAAACCCAAUCCCAGGCACUGUGUCUUCAGAAGGAACUCCCCAAAGAAGAAUGCCCAGAAGCUAUGGAAGUGGAGACCAGUGUGAUUAGUAUUGACUCCCCCCAAAAGCUGCCAGUACUUGACCAGGACUUAGAGCAGAAGAAUCCAGAACCCUGGGAAGAAGCUACUUCCGAAGACUCCAGCAUUGUCAUUGUUGACGUGAAGGAGCCCUCUCCUAGAGUUGAUGCUUCCUGUGAACCUUUGGAGGGAGCAGAGAAAGGUUCAGAUUCCCAGUCCUGGGAGGAUGUGGCUCCAGAGGUAGAACCAUAUGCUGAGACUAGAUUACAUUCUCCAGAGGAAAAGAGUGCAGAGUGUGAUGGAGAUGUCAAAGCAGAGACCACAGAAAAGGACUCUGCAGAUGAAGACCCUCCAGAGCCUCCUUUGCCUGCAGAUGAAGACCCUCCAGAGCCUCCUUUGCCUGCAGAUGAAGACCCUCCAGAGCCUCCUUUGCCUUCAGUGAGAGACGAACCUCCCAGACUGGACCAGGACAUGCAGGAGCCCCAGCUUCAAGAGAAAGAGAGCUCAGUGACCAUAGAUGCAAAAGUGGCUGAUGCCAAGCUGCUGGGCUCAGAGGGAGCGUGCCAGGAGCCUGAGAAGGCCCCUGCCCCUGCCUCACAGAGUUUCUGUGAAAGUUCUAGUGAAACCCCAUUUCAUUUCACUUUGCCUAAAGAAGGUGAUAUUAUCCCACCACUGACUGGCGCAACCCCACCUCUUAUUGGGCACCUAAAAUUGGAGCCCAAGAGACAUAGUACUCCUAUUGGGAUUAGUGACUAUCCAGAAAAUACCAUAGCAACCAGUGAUGUCAUGUCUGAAAGCAUGGUGGAGAUUAAUGAUCCUUUACUUGGAAAUGAAAAAGGGGAUUCUGAGUCUGCUCCAGAAACGGAUGGAAAACUGUCUCUGAAAAUGAAACUCGUUAGUCCUGAGACAGAGGCCAGUGAAGAAUCUUUGCAGUUUAGCCUGGAAAAGCCUGCAACUGCUGAGAGAAAAAAUGGAUCUACUGCCCUUGCUGAGCCUGUUGCCAGUCCUCAGAAGCCCGUGUCUCUGUUCAGCUGCAUCUGUGAAACCCGGCAAGAGAAUGAAGCUGAGAGUGAGGAUCCUUCCUCUGCACCCAUCAGGGCGAACUUGCUCCAUUUUCCAAGUGCUCAAGAAGUGGACAAAGAAACACUGGAUGGUACCCCAAAGCUCAGGCAGAAUGAACAGCCUGUGAGGCCCACUGGGCCUGUUCAGGAUGCUGCUGCUUCUGAGGACUCUGCUUCUUCUGUUUCCCAGCAGAGAGCCACACAGGGGUCAUUGAGCCCUCAUGGAGAAGUGAUGGAAACAGACCAGCUAGAGGGACUGAGUGCAAACCAGGAAAAACCUAGUACGGUCGUGAUAGAAAGGCCCACACAGAGUAACAUAGGAAUCCAGACCAUGGACCUGUGCGCCCCAGAAACUGUUUCCGCAGCUACCCAGACUGUGAAGAGUGUAUGUGAGCAGGGGACCAGUACAGUGGAGCAGAGCGCUGGGAAACGAGACGCCACUGUGCAGACUGAGAGGGGGACUGGAGAGAAACUGGCCAGUGCUCCUGUGGACGACACAGAGUCCGUCCACAGCCAGGGAGAAGAAGAAUUUGAAAUGCCCCAGCCUCCACAUGGCCAUGUCUUGCAUCGUCACAUGAGAACAAUUCGUGAAGUACGCACGCUUGUCACCCGUGUCAUUACAGAUGUUUAUUAUGUGGAUGGAACAGAAGUGGAAAGGAAAGUAACUGAGGAGACUGAAGAACCAAUUGUAGAAUGUCAGGAAUGUGAAACGGAAGUUUCCCCUUCACAGACCGGAGGCUCCUCUGGGGACCUGGGGGACAUCAGCUCCUUCUCCUCCAAAGCUUCCAGCUCUCACCACACAUCAAGUGGGACAAGCCUCUCAGCCAUGCACAGCAGUGGCAGCUCAGGGCGAGGAGCUGGGCCACUGAAAGGAAAAACCAGCGGGACAGAACCUACAGAUUUUGCCUUACCCAGUUCCCGUGGAGGCCCAGGAAAACUGAGUCCUAGAAAAGGGAUCAGUCAGUCAGGGGCGCCAGUGUGUGAGGAAGAUGGUGAUGCAGGCAUCAGACAGGGAGGAAAAGCUCCAGUCACGCCUCGUGGGCGUGGGCGAAGGGGCCGUCCGCCUUCUCGGACCACUGGAACCAGAGAAACAGUUGUGUCUGGUCCAUUGGGCAUAGAAGACAUUUCACCUAGCAUGUCACCAGAUGACAAGUCCUUCACCAGAGUUAUGCCCCGUGUGCCAGACUCUACCAGACGGACGGAAGCUGGUUCUAGUGCUUUGCGGCGGAGCGAUUCUCCAGAGAUUCCUUUUCAGGCUGCUACUGGUUCCUCUGAUGGCUUGGAUGCCUCAUCUCCAGGAAACAGCUUUGUGGGGCUCCGUGUUGUAGCCAAGUGGUCAUCCAAUGGCUACUUUUACUCUGGGAAAAUAACACGAGACGUCGGAGCUGGGAAGUAUAAGCUGCUCUUUGAUGAUGGGUAUGAAUGUGAUGUGUUGGGCAAGGACAUUCUCCUGUGUGACCCCAUACCCCUGGACACUGAAGUGACAGCCCUCUCAGAAGAUGAGUAUUUCAGUGCAGGAGUGGUGAAAGGACAUAGGAAGGAGUCUGGAGAGCUGUAUUACAGCAUUGAAAAAGAAGGCCAAAGGAAGUGGUAUAAACGAAUGGCAGUCAUCCUGUCCUUGGAGCAAGGAAACAGACUAAGAGAACAAUAUGGGCUUGGACCAUAUGAGGCUGUCACACCCCUCACGAAGGCAGCAGAUAUCAGCUUAGACAAUUUGGUGGAAGGAAAGCGGAAACGGCGCAGUAACAUCAGCUCUCCAGCCACUCCCACUGUCUCCAGCAGCAGCAGCACAACACCCACCCGUAAAACCACAGAGAGUCACCGUGCCUCCACGGGAGUUCCAUCAGGCAAAAGGAAACUUACGACUUCUGAAGAGGAACGGUCCCCUGCUAAGCGAGGCCGCAAGUCUGCCACUGUGAAACCUGGUACAGUGGGGGCAGGAGAGUUUGUGAGCCCCUGUGAGAGUGGCGACAACACAGGUGAACCUUCUGUCCUGGAAGAGCCAAGAGGGCCUUUGCCCCUCAACAAGACCUUGUUUUUGGGCUAUGCCUUUCUCCUUACAAUGGCCACAACCAGUGACAAGUUGGCCAGUCGUUCUAAACUGCUAGAUGGUCCCACAGGAAGCAGCGAAGAGGAGGAGGAAUUUUUAGAAAUUCCUCCUUUCAAUAAGCAGUAUACAGAAUGCCAGCUUCGAGCAGGAGCUGGGUAUAUCCUUGAAGACUUCAAUGAAGCCCAGUGUAACACAGCCUACCAGUGUCUCCUGAUUGCGGACCAGCACUGUCGAACCCGGAAGUAUUUCCUGUGCCUUGCCAGUGGAAUUCCUUGUGUGUCUCAUGUCUGGGUCCAUGACAGUUGUCAUGCCAACCAGCUCCAAAACUACCGUAAUUAUCUGUUGCCUGCUGGGUAUAGCCUUGAGGAGCAAAGAAUUCUGGAUUGGCAACCCCGUGAAAACCCUUUUCAGAAUCUGAAGGUUCUCUUGGUGUCAGAUCAACAACAGAACUUCCUGGAGCUCUGGUCUGAGAUCCUCAUGACUGGAGGGGCAGCCUCUGUGAAGCAGCACCACUCAAGUGCCCACAACAAAGACAUUGCUUUAGGGGUGUUUGAUGUGGUGGUGACAGACCCCUCAUGCCCAGCCUCGGUGCUCAAGUGUGCUGAAGCCUUGCAGCUGCCUGUGGUAUCACAAGAGUGGGUGAUCCAGUGCCUCAUUGUUGGGGAAAGAAUUGGAUUCAAGCAGCAUCCAAAAUAUAAACAUGAUUAUGUUUCUCACUAAAGAUAUUUGGUCUUAAUGGUUUUAUUCCCUGCUAUUGUGGAGAUUGUGUUUUAAUCAGGUUUUAAGUGUGUCUUGUGUGUAACUGUAUUCUUUGCAUGGAUCUUGUACAUAGUUUUAUUUGCUGGACUUUUAUGAUAAAAUAAAUGUUGAAUCUCUUUGGUUGUAGUAA